AAGACGAAAAUAUUUCUGGGAGGGAAGAGCGCCACAAGGUCUUGGAAUCGAUCCGAGAGGUAGCGGCUAUCUUCUCGCUCGAUUGAUUGAUUGUAGCUCCAUCAGAACGCCCGCACAGUAUGGGAUGUAGAAUUGAGGGGUUUCGUCGAUCCCUUAUCUAAGAAUGCCAGGGCUUUGGUGAACCAUGGGAAAGCCAGAGAUCAUUUGUCCACCACAUAUCGAUAGUAUCUGUCCCAUUUGGCUCAAGGUUCCACGAGAGACUCAAGCAGUAUUCAUCGAUGCCACAUACAAAAUCCAACAAAUAGGUGAACUUGGUCUCCAUGGUGGUCCACCAAUCUCCUUCCGGCUCCAGAAAGAGCACUGGCUCCAUCUCGCUCACGAAUUUCUACUGGAGAAAGUGAAGCUGAACCAUGCCAGCAGCACGUUGUCAUGGAACCAAAGCAAGCAGCUCGAGAAACUAGAGCAGUGGAACGAGCCGUGGUUCUUUGAGAUCCUCGGUGAUCCCGUGAAGGACGUUUCGGCCGAGCUGCGAAGCAUAAGGAGACUUCUGGACGAUCAACGCCUGGAUCCAUGUGACGCUUUGAGAGGUUUCAUCAACUUGCACCUCAAGACGGAAGCGUACAAAGACUGUCCUGGAGCUUACUGGGCACUGGACUACACCCAGAUGCUCGUUUCGCAACUUCUAGUAUCCCAAUCACCUUCGCAAGUCUACCACCUUGUUCUCGAUUUCGUCAAGGACUUUUGGACCCCUCCCGAGCUUCUGGACGAGGCCAAGGCCUGGGCCUGCUUUUACGUUGGCGUGGGUACCAGCAAGAGCAGCAACACGGACGAUUCUACGAGCUGGUUUCGGAGGAGCUUGGAACUUGCAAGAAGCUACAAUCUCCUUAGCCAGGCCAGUGAGAUGCUGGGAGAUAUUUAUCUCGGAGAACGGGAGCUGAUUUCUCAUAGCAGGAAACAGGCUCAAAUGGUUUAUGGAAUCCAGCACUGGGCUGCUGUGAAGCUCCAGAGAGUGGAUGUGGCGCUACACGCACUCUGCAAGCUCUUUCAAGUUGAGUUCUACGCCGGAAACCUUCAUGAGGCCGAGGCACUUGCCAACAAGCUGCAGGGAAACCAUGCCGGGGGUUACGUCGCUGCUCAAAUCCACGAGAUGCAUGCAUGCAUCAACUUCGCUCAGAAGAGAUUUGGCGAGGCCGAGGCGGCCAGCCUCGAAGCUCUCCAGAUCCUGGAGCAACUUUCGACAGACAUGCUACCCGAGAGCUUCUCAUACUUUGAAACGCAACAGCCGGACACGAGUCAUCCCGUUUGCUGGCCGCAAGUCAUGGAAAAUGUCAUGGAGUCAGCUCGACUUGUCUUGGGGAUUUCACGGCUAUCCAGGGAGUUUUCAGCUAAUCACGAAGGAACCCAGGAAGCAGAAGAGAAGUUGCAAAUGCUUGUCUCCAUGCAAGGGCUUGUUCCGAAGGCCAAUCACAACGCUCUAGCUGCGGAGCUCGUCCGGAACCGAGCGACAGCCGAGAUUUAUCACCGAGGCGACCUUGAAGGAGGGGAAUCCAGCACUGCUCAACUCUUGGACCUCUGCAGCAAAAAUACCUCUUCCAAGUGCGUACGAAUGAUCAACAUGACGGAGGCUGUGAGCUUUGUGGUGGAGUUGGCAAAGGCAAAUGCCCACAGGAACAAGCUAGACGGCGACAAACUCCAAGAACGCAACUGUGACUCGAUCAUCGACAGCAUUCUUACAGCAAACCAGGAUCUAGCAGGGAUGUUCACUGUUGGAGAUCUCCUGAAAGCCAGGAGAAGAAAGGCUUUUCGGCCUUUGCAGCGGGAAAAACAUCUGCUGUGCUGGUACCAGCAGGAGAGCAGACGUCCGGGGCCUCGUGAUAUCGAUAACGUGGACACCAUCUGGGAAGAACUGGAAGCGGUCUACAAGUCGGCGAGAGACGACACUGUGUUUCUCGUCUACCUUUGGGACUGGGUGUAUCCGUUCGUAGAGCUUCCCAGCCAAAGUAAGAUGCACAGCUAUCUCUUGAAUCCAAAUGAAGAAGAAGCCCGGUGGCACGCUCAGGCUGUUGGACAGCUCUACUCCAAAGUUUACGACAUGCGGAGAAACCUUGCCGAGGACGAGGAUAUUAGGAAGUGCCUGGAGGAGCUUCAUCAGCUGCUCAUCUCACCCUGGUCGGAGGAGCUCAAACGAAUCCAACCAAAGCGGCUGGUUGUCAUCCCAACUUCGGUGGUGGCGAUGGUGCCGUUUGCUGCAUUGCUGGACCCGGAGGACGGACUCUACCUGGUGGAGAAGUAUGCAAUCUCGUACUCGCCAUCCCUGAGAAUGGUCGAGAGAUUCAUAGGUAACAAAAGCGACCAGGUGGUCAUCAAGCAGGCUAUGGUGGUGGGAAAUCCAGACGACUCGCUGGAAUCGGCAGAAGACGAGGCCGUGCUCGUGGUCAACAAGCUCAUGCAACGAGGAUCAUGUCAGGUGGAUCUCUUAUUGGGUCUUCAAGGCAGGCGAGCCCGUGAGAUGGACGAAGCUGCCGCAGCAACUCGUGCAGCAGUGAUGGACUCGUUUUCCAGCAGUCGCUGGAUCCACAUCGCGGGACACUCGUCGAUCAACAACAACUUUCCUUGCGGUGCUCUGCAUCUGGAGGACGGGAGCUUGUCAAUGGAAGAAAUCGAAGAGAAACUUCGCCGUCACAGAGAGGUGGCGAGCUUCGGAGUGGUGCUGAGUGGAUGCAGCACUGCCCUGGGACAGAUCGAAAUGCAAGGGAUAACAGGGCUGUGCCGGUGUUUCCACGACGCUGGGGUUUCGGUGGUGGUGGCUUCUCUCUGGAACGUGGACGACUUUGAAACACAGCUGCUUGUGGAAAAAUUUUAUGCCGAGGCAUGCAAGGGUGUGGAGAUUGCCGUGGCUUUGCAGUCCGCGAUGAAGUCGAUGAUCCACUCGAAGAACUUCAUGGGAGCUCCAGCUUACACUGUCAAUCAAUGGGCAGCUUUUACAGUCUCUGGAGAUCUUUACUCUGCUCUCAGCUUUUGAAACACAACUGACUCUCAUGAGUUUCAUCUCAGCUUUGUGCACCAGUCUGAUCUGAGUCGACUCUCCGCUGAAAGCAACUUCCCCAAGUCCACAGAAGCUCAC